AUGUCUUCUACUAUGUAUCAGGUUCCUUUAACCGUAUUACCUUUCAAUCCCGAAGACGGUAAUAAAUUCAUGGCGGGAAACGACUUUGGAUCUCACACUACUGCCACUAGUAAUACCGCUAGAUCUUCAACCUCAUCUGCUUCAUCAACUGGUACAACUCAAAGUCUUUAUAAAACCAUUUCUCCAACUGCAGCUGCAAGUUUAUCUUCCACUUCUUCUACUUCGGAUUUCACCGAUUUAAAAGGAGAUUUAUUACCAGAUCUUUGGCAAACUGCUUCAUUGGAUUCCCCACAAAAUCAAUUAGUAAAUUCUCAUUUGAUUAAUCAAGCUCAUCAAAUUGCAGUUAAUAAUAAUUGGUCUCAGAACUUCAAUAAUCAAAGCUAUUCAUCUCUACCAAGCCAUGCUCAACAACAACAUCAUCAACAUCAACAUCAAAACUACACUACUGUACAAGCACCAAUCGGGUAUGCUCAACAAUUAACUGAGGAAAAUCUCAUCUUUAAUUCUGAUGUAGAUUCAAAUGAUGGUUCACGAACUUCUCCUCCUGCUCAUAUCAUUCCAUCAUACAAUAGUCCUGUUUAUUAUAUGGAUGAUCAAAAUAAUAAUAUCAAUCAAAAUAUUAAUAAUGAUGAUAUUUUUAACUUUGAAAAACAACAACUUUUAUUACAAUCUAAUGGAGUCAUGUUUGAUUCAAAUCAUAGAAAUGGAUCUACUUCAUCAACUUCUUCAUUAGAUGAUUCCAGAAAAUUUGGAUUUUCAAGUAAAAUGAAUCAACCAUCAGUUAAUACUCAAUUAUAUAAAACUGAAUUAUGUGCAUCAUUUAUGAAAAUGGGUAUUUGUCCUUAUGGAAAUAAGUGUCAAUUUGCUCAUGGAGAAAAUGAAUUAAAGAAUGUUGAUAGACCUCCUAAAUGGAGAUCAAAAGCUUGUGCCAAUUGGACUAAAUUUGGUAGUUGUCGUUAUGGAAAUAGAUGUUGUUUCAAACAUGGUUGUGAGUAA